AUGAUGCCGCGCAAGUGCGUUUCUGUUUUCUUUGUGUUGCUGGAGAUCCUGCUGGUUUUGUGUUUUGUUGCGUUGCCGGUGGCCGGGGCGUACUGUGUGACGCCAACCGAAAUUCCUGCCAACGUUUGCCCUUCCUUUACACUGACGGAUCAGCUUUCUGCGCUUUUUGGGCGUGACACCGCCGUGGCUUCGUGCUAUUGUGGCCGUGUGUGUCAGACGUCGUGGGAUGCGCGUCAGGAACUUUCGUUGCGGUGGGAAAUGGAGCGGUGGAUUCGCGCGAAUCGGACGGCAGGGAUGUUCCCCGAGGAGUACGAGUUUGUAAUGGACGAGUUGAUGCGGCUCACGACUCCUUUGCGGGGUGACGAGCCAUGGCACGUGCGACAGGAGAAGGAAGUAUACGCCAAGAGGGCAAACGCGACGCUUCGAGACAUGCCGUGGCUACUUGUAUCGAACGGCACUUUUAAAAGGGCGCAGGAUUUUUAUCACAGAAAUGUGCGGCAGCGGCACAUUGUGCGCUCUUUUCACCUUUCGAGGGAGAAAAGUAGGCCAGGGAUAAUUCGCUUUUACCUGCAGGAAGUGGCCGGGUGGUGGGCCGAGGCGGAGAAACAUGUGUCACGUGAUCUGCGGGUUGCCGCUCCGUUACUGCCGUGGAUUAGCCUGGAACAGCUCAUCGGUCCACCAAUGACACCCGCUGAGAUCCCUCAGCCGGAAAUGGCGGGUCGUCCUGCUGCAGCUGCGACGAAGGUACCUGCCCCGAUGCAGCGCCGCUCAUUUCGUUUUGCUCCUGCACGUCUGCGUGCACCCACGGCGAUGGUGUAUUAUUAUUCCGAUGACUGUGUUUUGUGUGAGGCGUUGGGUGUGGCCUUUGAUGUUCUACCACUCAUAUACAGGCGUCUGUGUGAGUACGGGCAUCGCUCCAUUGUCAGCUGCAGCCCGUUGUUUUUAUUUUUUCGCGCCAGUGCGGAGUUGUCGGGGUUUAGGACGCCGGCGAUUGCACUCCACGGUGUGGAACUUGGUGUGGAACCGACCUGGAUGCCUCCCAUGUCUAUUUUGUACGACAUAGAUGAGCUUGUGAACCCAGCAGACGCCUUUGGGUUCCUUACGUUGUCAGUUCCUGUUAACACGAGCCUGCAGGAGACACUAGUGUCACUGAUACGCCCCUUGGUCGCGCUUCACGUCAUAAAUCUGCGGUAUCUUUCUUCCGAUGAGAUCACGGAGUUGGGCCGAUUGGCCUACAAGAUCAUGAAACAGAAGAAACGGCAGCAGCAACAGAAUGCGUCAGCGGAAAACUCUUCCGACACGAAGGACGCCAUAUUAUCAGAAGACGACGAGGGAAAAGACGAGGCGUCGGAAGAGAGGAAUAGGGAUUUAGCUUGGCAGCAGGGACGCGUGAUCACACGUGAGGAUUAUUUGCACGAGGUUGUGGUGUUUCAUAUGCGCGAGCUUUGGGGAAACAGCACAGCGGAGGUCGAGAGCAACGAGUUUCUUCUCUGGUCUCAGCUGGAGCCGCCAUGGAUUAUGGUUGUGUCCUCCGUGCUCUCUGUUCUGUGGCUUUUGAUCCUAAUUUGCGUACCAAAGGGCUUCAGGUUCUAA